UAUUAUGAAUUUGUAUUUUUAAAAACAGAUGGGAUCAUGUUAUCUCUAUUAUACAAUAAUGUUAUAAGUUAUUGGCUGCUCAACGGAAAAAGUUAAUCCACACUUUCCUAACUAAUGUGCCAUAUUUUCAAUAAUAAUAAUUCCAUAACAAUUGUAUCGUAAACAGAGAGACCCCUCGUGCAAAAUGUGAAACACUCGAAAAAAUCCAAAAAUAUAUUUCAAUUGAGGCGUCACUAAUAUAAAGUGGUUGGACAUUGAGUCUCUACUCUUUUAGCUGUUUUUUGUUUCUUCAUUCUCAUUGAUUUAUUAACCAUAAGUGUUUUAACAAAAUUGUUUUGACGUUAAAAGCAAAAGCCAGUAAUAAUGGAAGCAUUAUUGCCAUCAGAAAUAGCUCGACUGAUUCUCGGUUACUUGGAGGAAGAGAACUGCCAGGCAGUGGCAAAAAUGUUUCUGGAGAGCUCGCCAUUACUUCGUGAAUGCCACAAUGUAGUUCGGAAAGGAGGAAAAUUCACAAGAAAAGUUAAUGGUGUGACUCUGAUGACCUUAUUGGACAAAUACUGUGCAAUUCAUGCAUUGGUACAAGAAAGACUGAGCAAAAUGGAAGGGCUUGAGUCUUUGAAGACGUCAGGAGAUAUUCUUGAGCAAUUACGAUUCCUGAUGGAUGGCUCUAGAGGUCAGAGAUUCGUUGUAAACAUAAACGUUCCAACGCAGAAUACAUCGCAGGUGUCUAGUGCAUCACCAAUAAUCUCCAGCAGCAUGAGAAAACGUCGUCACAGUGGCCCUGUGGAUCGUGAUCGAUCGAAAAGUAUCUCAAAUUGCUCUUUUCAUGGAAGAUCAGAGACAAGUCUUCAUCAGCCGUGUGACACUGUUGAAAGCACAUCCCUGGAGCAGCUGCCAGGGCAUCAGAACUCGCUCAAAGAAGCAGGAGUUGCUCCAGAGGAUGAUCGGCGUGUUCAGUGCUCCUUAACAUCAACAUCGACAGAGCCUCCUCCACCCUCUCUACUUCCUAAUACUAGUGACAACCCGGAGAGACUCUCUGGGGCUGACGAUCCAGAGAGGCAGUUGGAAUCGGUAGUCUCGAAUCAGACCUGUGAAACUGGAACAGACACAAAGGAGUUGAUGUUCUUUACCAAUACUGAAGUCCAGACAGCCCCCUGUAAGGGAUAUGACAAUUCUGUUGACCUGGUCGAUGGCCCUGUUGAAAAUUUGAGUUUACUCACAAAAGAACUCUUGAAUCGCACCGAAUUACAGGAGAGGAUAGCACAAACCAUCAACAGAACUCUCAUUCCAGCAGAGGCUUCAUUUUCUGAGAGCACUUCGGGUGAAUGCAAUACUUCGAUAAUGAGAGAGCUAGAUCAUGCCAUCAAGUCCAUUGUCAUUGAAACUGAGACAGAUCCCGUAUUUGAGCAAUUUCUCCUGGAAACGAUAGGAGAGGGUCUAGAGGGAGAGAUGAGUCCUGACGAGGACGGAGCUCCGAGUCCAGUGGGAAUUUCAGAGAAAUUAGCCCAGGAAGCCCCUCCAGGGGAAGUAAUUAUCAACAGCGUCAAGGGUGCCGGCCCCGUGGAAAUAUCAGCUGAGAAAAGUCAAGAGAAAUCGUGUUUUGAAAAUGCUCCAGGGGAAAAUACUCAUUUGUUUGUUAGAAACUCUGUUUCAUUGAAAUCAGUUCAAAUCCCAGCUGAAAAGGAUCUUGCAGCCCUGGAUGAUGUGAAUGCUGAAGCAAUUCUCAGCAUCAUCAAUGUUAAUAACACGUCGAAGGAGUUAGAUCGAAAUAAACCUAUUCCACAAACUCAAAUUCAAGGAGUUUUGUCACUUCCAGUUGUUGGUGGAGAGACUGAAGUCUCCAUGAAGAGUAACAACCACCAGCUAGAUGUAAAAUCCAAGAGAAAGAGAGUUUCAAAACCUAAACGGGAGAGAAAACCUCUGACUCCCGAGAAACAUGUUCCUGAGAAUGAGCUUGUACCAGUGCCAACAUUGAUUGUCUGUUCUCAGGAGGAGAUUGACAGUAUGAAGGUUUCAGUCAUGAGGCCCACGUCUCAAUUUGUGCCGAUAAUGCCAAAGGGGGGAAUGGUUGCACCGUUUGAUCCGACCCUAUAUUUGAGAACUGUCAAUGUAGCAAGACCGAAAGACGCUCCUGAAGCAGCUCCUGGGAAUCUUCAAUUCCUCAGAGACCCAGAACCAAUCGUAACAAAUCCUCAACACUCCAACGAACUUCAAAUUCUUCCAAAACCAUCUGGUUCAAAUGAAUCCAUUACUCUUUAUGGGCCUGAGAGUGGUGAAGCUGUAGUCCAAGCAGAUCUUCCAUCAGUCCAAUUAGAUGAGUCUAUCAGUCUCACUGGAACAGGAUUGUCUCCAUUUUUAAAGCUCCAUAAGAAACCAGCGUCAUCAUCAUCGUCUUCAUCUUCGUCAUCAUCACAAUCGCAAUCGAUGGAAUCAAAUCCACCUGGAGCUGGAGAACUGAAUAAAGAGGGAAAGAGAUUGACCGCUCAAUCAAACUCUGAUAUCUUAACUAAGAGAACUCCUAGAUCUAUCAUGAAAAGUAGAUCAAGGAAUCACAGAUUGAGUCUAUCCACACCAAGGCGUCGAAGCAGUCACAUUCGAGCACUUGACUUCAAUACCCCAACAAAAGCCAUCAAUACCAGCAGGAGAAUGAGUGAUGCUGACAAGAGCUGUGCGUUUUCUCCAAAAUCCGCCAAAGGGCUGUCAAAGGCAUGCAGAACAAGUCUCUUCAAAUCUCCACCAUUUGAGAAUGUCGCUCCUCCACAGAUGAAGAUCAAAACUCCGAGUAAACUCUGUAAAGAGAAGAUACCAAUUGCCACUAGAAGUCCAGCGCCAAAAUUGAUCGGGGGAUGGGAUAAAAUUUCUGGUGUUGGAAUGAUCAUCGAGGGAUCCUCUCAGUCAAGUUGCCCAUCGCCCGAGAAAAACACGUUUGUCAAUUCAGAUUCCGCUAUAUCACAGAUGAAAAGACCCUGGGAUUCUGAUUUGAGGUUGAAAGUUGCAGCUGACGUUCAGCCGUUGAAGGUCAAAGGAAGAGGAGAUUUACCGAAGAAAAGGGCGAGAUCGGUGAGGAGACAAACAAAUCUCAGAAAAAUAAAAGAUGCUGAAGAAAGAGGAGCUAUUGCUAAUAUCAGUGACGAUGAAGCCGCUGGAAUCUCAGCUGAAGCAGAAUUGAAUGAGCAGAUUGCGAUGAAUGAAACUCCUGGAGAUUUUCCAAACAUAGUUAAAGCCGAUGGAAUAGGCGUUGAAAAUACGGUUAAGCUAGUCGAUAAGAAAUACGAAGAGAUGAAUGUUGAAAUUUCGAAGAAGGCGACAGAAUCCCUGAAGAAGAUUUGCCAGGUUGUGACUGAGCAAGGAAUCACCAAGAAGUAUGCUAAAUUGAAGACCCUGACGACGACUGUAUCAAAAGUCGAGAUCAAGAGAGAAAAGCCUCGAACUCCUGGUGAGACACUUGAAAAAUCAUUAGAAUUUGGGAGUAUUGAUGCAUCGACUCUGCUAGAUCUGGAGACCCCUCGCAAAUUUGAUCCUAAUCUUGUGCCACCGACUCCUCGGCUCCUUAGUCCCAGCAGCAACAUGACAACUCCCUUCGCCCAAAUCAGCGAAGGCUCUGAUAAAAUCCAGACCUUCGUAUCAACUCCAGAAUUCCCACCAACUCCUAGUAUUAAUUUAACCCCAAAACAAUCAAACGAUAGCACAAUGAAUGACACCAAAAAGGAUUUCAGCUCUAGGUAUUAUCAGCCCAGUGCUGAAUUGAAGGAAGCUACGAAGACUAAUAAAAUACCAGACCCUAUAAAAAUAGCAGAAGAACCAGGAACUACGAAGAUCGACUUUCAAGCAUCAACGACACAAUUAGAGAUUACCCAGUUUGAAGUGAUCAAGGGGAAUUUACCAAAGGCACAAGCAAUCAAGGAACUGAAGCUCGCGAGAAAUGAAAGCCAAGUACAACAAGGUGUGAAUGAAAUCAGCAGCACCAAUAAAUCGUCGAGGAGUCUGGAAAGCAGUGGAACUGCUGAUGAGUCAUCAGAUAGUGAUAGUGACACGUCCUCGUCGUCAUCAUCAGGUUCAACUUCGUCUUGCUCCUGUUGUGAUACAACCAACACUUCAUCGAAGAUGUCCACGAGCAGAAAAUCUAAGAAAGCAUCUCAUAAGAUUGAGAGAAAUACUUCUACUACUACAGCUACAGUACAUACUACUGCGCCUCUCUGUACUUCGACUACAGCUGCUGUUACAAAUUUUCCUGAGGAAUGUCCUGUAGAAGUUUUAGCUGAUGAACCAAUGGAGAUUCAGCCAUCAGCAGAGGACUCGUCUAAGGAGAAUAUUGAUUCGCAAAAAAUGAAUGAAAAAUCUCCAUUGAAGGUCAUUCCUAUUACCAAGACUGAAGAGAAUCUAAAAGGAGUCGACCUCGAAACUCCAGCUAAAGAUGAGACACUUCUAGCAGAGGCUGAUAUUUCAGAGACUCCCAGCAGUUCAAAAGCUGGCAUCGAGAAUCUGACGAAUUUAAAUUCAAAAAUAUCGGCAAUUAUUAAAGAAGAUUGGAAGCCUCGAUUGUGUGGAUCACAGGGGAAACCGAGAAUCAUCUCUGUGCAGAAUCUAUCACCAACAGUGAAGCUGAGAAAAAUCUCUGACGAAGAAUUGGAAAAUGCCACCAAGGCAUUAACGGACGCCAAACUGGCGAGGGAACUCGAUGAGAAACGGCUUCGAAUGAUUAAUAAGAUAAAGUCAGAUAAUAAUUCGGGGAGAACGAGAAGCAGUCGGUCGAGGGAAACUAUUGCGAAAAAUCAGGAAUCCGUUCCCACAACGAAAUUGAAACGAGAAAAAGCCGAAGCUUCAGCGAAGAAAACAGGCACACAACCCCUGAGGAAGUCCUUGAGAAAUGCUGAGAAAAGAGCGAAGAGAGGAUUAAGUGAGCCAACAGAAGCCACAACUUCCCAGAAGAUCGAAGAGCCGAGAAAGACACAAUCCUCCAGAGAUUCCAGUGCCAAUGACGAGGGAAAUCUUCAAAUUAUGAUCUUGCCAACUAUCAAUAUUCUCUCAGGCGAUUCUCCACCGCUCGAUGAAACUAAUCCCACAAUAUCGUAUGAUCUAGAGGAAUUAGAGAUGGAAAAUAAUAAUGAGAAAGAUGUGAUUGCUGAGGGAAAAGAAAAGUGCGUAAAGGUAAAAUCUAAAGUGGACCUGGUGAAGAGAGAUUUGUUCAGCGAUGAAGAGAACACAGAUGGAAAACCAAUAAAAUCGAAAUACAAAAACUUACUGAUCGGAAAAGAAAAUGUAGAAGAUUUGGAACAGCAAGCUGUAGAGUCUGGGAACCUUCCUGGUGUUCUUGAGAGUCUUGAAUUGGUUCCUACGAACAAAAGUUCAGAGGGAAUAGAACUGGAUGUUGGGACGUACCAGCAUAUCGAAAUUUCAUUCGUUUACGACGAAACUCAACCGAGAAAAAAACGAAGAAAAAAAAUCUCCACCUUUGAUCUUCCAGAGAUAAAGGCACAGGCGUACACUCUCUCGGGAGAAUUUGUUUGGAAGAUGAUGACGUGCAUCCCCUACGAAGAGAUAUUUACGAUAACACCCACCAGGAAAAGGAGGGUUCGUCCUUUGAAGCCCAGGGCACUCAAAGAAAAACCUGUCACUACAGUUACCUCUCGAAGAAAAGGAAGGAUGCAGUUAAAGAACAGCGAGUCAGUGGUUUCUGAAAUCAAGAGUAAGCCACUGGCUACAUCAUCUCCUGUCAACAGCGAGGAGAAAAUACCAGAGAGGGUAAAGGCCCCAGCGAAGGAAAAAUCAGAGGAUAAAGUUGUGAAGCCUAGGAAGAGGAAACAAUCAGAGUCCAAUGAUUAUUGCGCCGAGAAAAAACCCCGAACAAGUAAUCCCACAGCUCUCCUCAGUGGACUAGAUAUCAAUAAAUUACUCAAUAAAGUCCAUGGAUCAGAAUCCUAGAACGACCUCCAAGAUAAUGGGCCGAGGGAAAAUGUAAUAGUGUCGAUCGAAAAAUUAACAAUAUUUCCCUCAAAAAUGGUAAUUUCAUUUUACUGUUAUCAUAACGAAGAGAUAAAAAUGCUGAGCAUUUGUUUUUGAGAAUAAUCUUAACACAUGUUGAAAUUCAUUAAUUAAUUUUUAAGAAAAUCUCAAGUAUUAUUGCCUAAUGGUAGUUGAAGACUGACUAAGUGGCAACCUGCUGGGUCACGUUGUGUAUUUUACAGAGACGAUGUAAUCGUUAAAUUUACGUAUUUCGGUAUAGGUAACUGACUAUUUACGUUAUUUACGUUAUGCAAAUAACACGUGUAAUGAAUAAUCAUUUAAUUAUUAGUAUUUUUUGUACGAGAGCAAUAAAACUCAAUUCUAUAGCAA